AUGCCUCCCCUCGGCAGUGCAAGUAAGGGUAAAGGCAAGAACAAAGAUACGCGCCGCUCUCGCAGCCGAAACACCACCCCGAGUUCGGUCAUCAGUGCUGGGACUGCCCCAAUGACAACCGGUGCGACAACCACACCCCUUCUCGAUUUGGACUUGAACAAGUUGCUCGUUUCUUCCAAGCCAAACUAUGCCGAAGCCACAGAGUAUCUCGACAGUCAUGGCGUCAAGGCCGAACCCAAACUGUUGCAAGACAUUAUAGAGCAGUUGAAGCACCUGAGUGAAUCGGCCGAAAAACGGAUCGAGUCUUGCGAAAAGGCAAUUCGUCUCAUACACGAACAGAAAAAAGAUUUGGAGUCCGAUCAACAAGAUCGAGAGCGCCAGGCUGAACACGCUCGACGUCAGAAGGCGCGGAAGGAAGAGUCGCAGAAGAACCCAAAGGCGAAAAAGCGGAAGGAUCGAACGGAAACUUUUGACAGUGUUGAGAUCAAGCGUGAAGAUGAACCUCUGAAAAUCAAACUUGGUCGUGCCACUGGCACUCCCGGUCCUGUUGAUAGUCCUUCGCCCUCAAAGAAGACAAAGCUUAGCCCCGGAACUUCCUCCCUUUCAGAAGUUGCCGACUCCCCAGAGGCUGCUGCAGCAAGCGGUCAUCCCUCUCCAGCAAAAUCUGACGUUUCAAUGUCCGACGCCGAAGAAAACCGUGUUAUUCAUGGACAGCCUCCAGUUCCUCAACAAGGGUUCUUCCCCGAUCCGCUUGCACCAGAUCCGGUCAUCUAUCACAUACGAGACAUCACGCCGGACAUGACAGAUGCGGAGAAGAAAGAAAUCUACAGUGUGACGGCCUAUCCAACAACCGAUCUAAGUGAUCAGAUUGCUGGAGUUCCACCGGACAAAGACUUCAGCAAUGCAAAACCCAGUAAUCAAGUUGCACCCAACACGUUCCUUGCCUAUGUGGAGCCCUAUGUUCGCCCUCUAACAGAAGAAGAUAUGGCAUGGCUAAGAGAGCGGGGAGAUCGAGUAACUCCUUUCCUAGCCGUACCUCGAGGCAAGCGUCACUACACCGAAAUCUGGGCCGAAGAAGAUGGAACUGUUUUGGUAGACGGCAGCCAUGACAAGCUUCCAGCUAACCAACCUCGAGGCAACGUCGAACAGAUUAAUGACGACAACCUGUCCACCGAUCAAGUCUCAACCGGUCCUCUUGCUAGCCGCCUCCUUUCGUUGUUGCGGUUCGAGCACAGAGCACCAAUAAGUGAAAACACUAAUGGCACAAACGAGUUGAACUCAUUUAUGGAUGUCAACGACAGCAUGGACUUGGAUGGGCUCACCAAUGGCCAUGAUAGCGCAGAAAAACCUCUACCUCCUGCUUCGGCGGUUUCUGAUAUGGCAGGUUCCAAGUCGUCAAUCUCACAACGCCUCGAUUACGUACAAACAGAAGAUCGUCUGAAAAAUGAACUACGCCAUAUCGGUUUCCUCGGGCAAGAUGAAAAUCCUGAUUAUGACGCCCAUCAUGAUGACGACAUCAGUGAAAGAAUGAGACUUCUUCAGGCCGAGCUUCGUCGGGUCAUGAUUGUCAAUGGUGCUCGAAAAGCUCGGUUGCUCGAUCUAGCCAAGGAACGCCUUGCCUACCAAGAGUAUAGCACAAUUCAUGAGGAUCUUGACAGUCAAGUGCAGCAAGCUUACCUCAAACGAACCAGAACUCUUGGAAAGUCCAAGAAAGGCGGUCCUGGUGCCAAUAAACCAAGACCAGGUAGUCACAAUGUUGGGCAUGGUACUGCAACGAGUAUUAAUAGAGCUCGAGAUAUUGGUGACAAUGCACGAAUGCUCAUGGAUAGACGCAAGAGGUGGGAGAGCUGUAUCGGUCCGGUUUUCAAGGAUAUGAAACAUGGUAUUCCACCUCCUGGAACGAGUAUUUGGGAUCCAAAGCUCAUGGAAGCAUAUGAGAAAGCGGAGAUGGAAGCUCUCGAUGAAGAAUUGGCAGAAUGA